UCAAAGAAGGAAAUCAUGACGGUGACGAGCUGCAUGCCACCCUCCAAAAACUGCCGGAGUCGCUCCAACUGACACAGAUAUGCCUCGCCUGCCCUCCUGAUUCCUCUUGCCCAACUCUUUAUCUUUCCCCCUGUCCAGUCAAAGUCAGUCCAGCUCUUCCAAGUCUCUGUCCUGUCAGCAUGGCUACACCUUUCCUGUGGAAACUGUCCUCUCAGAAGCUGGGCUUCUUCCUGGUCAGCUUCGGCUUCAUCUGGGGCAUGAUGCUGCUGCAUUUCACCAUCCAGCAGCGAGCCAGCCACGAGAACAGUGCCGUGCUGCGUCAGCAGAUCCUCGACCUUAGCAAGCGCUACAUCAAAGCACUGGCUGAGGAGAACCAAAGUGUCAUGGAUGGUCCGUAUGUUGGAACCAUGACGGCUUACGACCUGAAGAAGACUCUCGCAGUCCUGCUGGAUAACAUCAUGAUGAGGCUGGGCAAGCUAGAGUCCAAGGUGGAGAACAUCUACAAUGGCACAGGGCCCAACCUGAGCAACGGCACCAGCACUAUUACGCCCAGUGCUCCAAACUCAGAGAAAGUAAAUGUGGCAGACCUCCUAAACGGAGCCCAGGAGAAGUGCGAGCUGCCGCCUUUGGAUGGUUUCCCUCACUGCGAGGGCAAGCUCAAGUGGAUGAAGGAGAUGUGGCGCUCUGACGGCUGCUACGCCAACUACGGCGUGGAUGGAUCCACCUGCUCCUUCUUCAUCUACCUCAGCGAGGUGGAGAACUGGUGUCCUCGUCUGCCCUGGCGAGCCAAGACCCUGAAUGAAGAAAUGGACCAGAGAGGCCAGGCGGAGAUCCGGACCAGUUUCGAGGAGCUUUACCGGAUGAUGUCACAACGGGAGGAGUUCCGCUGGAUGAUGCUGAGAAUCAAACGGAUGGCCGAGCCGUGGGUCAGCGCCAUCCGCUCGCUGGCUGCAAAGCAGAACCUGGGCAAGCGGCGGAAGAAGAAGAUCCUGGUCCAUCUUGGUCUGCUGACCAAGGAGUCAGGCUUCAAGAUUGCAGAAAAUGCUUUCAGUGGGGGCCCACUGGGGGAGCUGGUCCAGUGGAGUGACCUCAUAACCACAUUGUACCUGCUGGGCCACAACAUUCGCAUCUCUGCUUCCCUCAAUGAGCUCAAAGAGAUCAUGCGAAAGGUUAUGGGAAACAAAUCCAGCUGCCCCACGCAGGGCGAUAAAGUGGUAGAGCUUAUAUACAUCGACAUCGUGGGUCUGACCCAGUUUAAGAAGACUCUGGGGCCUUCCUGGGUCCACUACCAGUGCAUGUUGCGGGUGCUGGAUUCAUUUGGGACUGAGCCAGAGUUCAACCACGCUCACUAUGCCCAGUCCAAGGGCCACAAGACGCCCUGGGGGAAGUGGAACCUCAACCCGCAGCAGUUCAACACCAUGUUUCCUCACACCCCAGACAACAGUUUCCUGGGCUUUGUUGUGGAGCAGCACCUCAACGCCAGUGACAUCAAGCACAUCGAUGACGUUAAGAGACAGAAUCAGUCACUAGUCUAUGGCAAGGUGGACAACUUCUGGAAGGACAAGAAGAAGUACCUGGACAUCAUUCACAGCUACAUGGAGGUUCACGGCACAGUACACGGCACCAGCACCGUGCACCUCCCGGGCUACGUUAAGAACCACGGCAUCCUUAGCGGCCGAGACCUUCAAUUCCUCCUGAGAGAAACGAAGCUGUUUGUGGGUCUUUCCUUCCCCUACGAGGGUCCCGCCCCCCUGGAGGCCAUUGCCAACGGCUGUGCCUUCCUCAACCCCAAGUUCAACCCUUCGAAGAGCAGCAAGAACACAGACUUCUUCAAGGGCAAACCCACCCUGAGAGAGCUGACCUCUCAGCACCCAUACGCCGAGGUGUACAUCGGUCGGCCCCACGUGUGGACGGUGGAUAUCGAGAAUUCUGCCGAAGUAGAGAGGGCCAUCCGCUCCAUCCUCAGCCAAAAGAUUGAGCCCUACCUGCCCUAUGAGUUCACCUGCGAGGGGAUGCUGCAGAGAGUGAACGCCUUCAUCGAGAACCAGGACUUCUGUCACGGUCAGGUCAUGUGGCCUCCCCUCAGCGCCCUGCAAGUGAAGCUGGCAGAGCCCGGGCACUCCUGCAAGCAGGUCUGUCAGGAGGAGCAGCUCAUCUGUGAGCCCUCCUUCUUCCAGCACCUUAACAAGGACAAAGACCUGGCCAGGUUUGGCAUGGACUGUCAAACGGUGGAGUCGAGCGCCGACACCGUUGUGCCCGCAUACAGCGAGACUCGCCAUCACUGCAUCUUCCAGUCGGACCUGCUGCUGUUCAGCUGCGCCGGCGCCCACUCGACACUGCAGCGCAUCUGUCCCUGCCGUGACUACAUGAAGGGCCAGGUGGCGCUGUGCAAAGACUGCCUAUAG